AGUUUGAAAUCUAAAAUUAGGGAGGCACCCCCCCUCUCAGUAAAUGACGCAAGGGGCCCAAACUGGAGCGUGUCGUCGUCUCUGCGCUCCGCUGAUAACAGGACUGGGGGCCAUGGAGACAUUCCUCACAACACCCUGCUGUUGUUGCCGAUGACACGGGGCUGCGUGUAUUUUUAGCUGCUGUUGUCAUGUUUUCGUAACGGCCCUGCCGCUUCUCUCGCUAUAAAGGACUGCCGUUCAAACAUGCAGCUGUACAGCAGCGUUCUCACACACUAUCCGAGGGCGUCUAGGUCCGGGAAAGUCACUGUCACUCUGUCCCCGGCGGCUGAGCGCACCAAAGGGGCCGCGCAAAGUUCCUCUGAGGUCGACGGACAACUUCAAGUGCGCGCAACUUCAUCUACCGACAGGGGUGAGCCAAACAUGCCAGCCCUUUCCUGUUAUGAAGCCUCAUCGGUGAGGCCGGUUCACUUCACAUCUACGGCGGAGAUAAUAAUCCGUAGACCCGAUGGAGUGGAGAGGUCUGUGCCAGUUCACAUCCUAAAGGAGCCCAAUAACAAGCUGCAAAGGAGUGAGAAUCAGCUCUACAAUGACUGUGAUUCAGAUAUAACGGUGGUGGGGAUGGAUCAUGUGCCUAAUGGGACUGGUGAGAUGUUUCCAGGUAAUCAUGUUUUCAGGAGCAACAAUAUCAAUGGGACAGUGAGGAAUUCAUAUCAAACCGAAGCUGCUUCCCAAACAUCUUCUAGAAGGAAUGGAUUUCCUCUGGUUGACAUAGAAGAAAUGUCUGCCGUUGGUUCAUCCAGUAAAGACUUUAACAAGGAGAAGGCAUUUGAGCUCAGCGUCCUGCAAGAAUCUCAGCCACAGAGAUGCCAAGAAACGGGGGGCAUCAACGAUAAGGUUACCCGCUACCUGGCCGAGGUGGAGAGGCAGAACAAGUACCUCCAGGAGAGGCGCAAGUACAGGUACCACAUCAUUCCAGAUGGCAACUGCCUAUACAGAGCCGUGUGUAAGGCGACAUACGGGGACCAGGCCAAGCAUGGGGAGCUGCGGGAGCAGACCGUGCACCACAUCGCCGACCACCUCGACGAGUUCAUCCCCAUCAUCGAGGGGGACGUCGGGGAGUUCUUGAUCAAUGCGGCACAAGACGGGGCAUGGGCCGGGUAUCCGGAGCUGCUAGCCAUGAGCCAAAUGCUGAAUGUCAAUAUCCACCUUACAACUGGCGGCAGCCUGGACAGUGCCACAGUAUCCACCAUGGUGCACUAUCUCGGGGAGGAGGAUGCCUCCAAACCUGCAAUCUGGCUCAGCUGGCUCAGCAACGGUCACUACGAUGUUGUCCUGGAUAAGCGCCUCCCCAAUCCGGAGUACGAGGACUGGUGUCGACGAUCGCAGAUGCAAAGGAAGCGGGAUGAGGAACUGGCGAAAUCAAUGGCGGCCUCGCUGUCUAAGAUGUACCUUGAACAAAACAGUUCUGUUUGAAUUUAAUACUGUGUAACAGUGGACAUAUUUUGUUACAGAAGGAAAGAUAGACGUAUUUUCUGUCUGAUGAGUUUCUACCUGCUUUAAAUUAUUUUUGUAAGAUUUCUUGGCUUAAAUGUAUGUGCAGUGCACAGACUUGAGUUUUCUAUUUACAAGAACUCCCAGAUUGGAGUUUGAAAGGAUGUAUGGCUGUUCUUUGGAAGAUUUUAGUUAUGUUGAUCUGAGUGAUUCUUUGAGUUUGUUUUCUUGAAGUUUAAGGAAUUUAUUUGCCUUUUGUUUGGCUGACCAGUUGGAUUUUUCUGACAUAUGUUGUGUAGCAGUUGCCAUAUAUUUGAAAGUGGGUUCCCUGCAGUCUGGAAAUUGCUUUGGAAUUUGUCAUUUCUAGGUCUGAAUGAGUAGGAAAAGAAAAGUUUAGGAAAAUGUUUUAUAUUAUUUUCUAUUCAAAGGACAAAAACUAAUAUUUAAUGAUUGCAGUGAUUUUAUUUCUAGAUGACUUGCUUUGUCUUUUAUUUGCUGCACUAUGACUUGAUUUUUACAGUUUAUCCAUUAUUGCUUUGAUUUUUGACUUUCUGACUGUAUGUACUCUCAUUCAUUAAAAAAAGGCAACUUUACUACCUUUUUAGCUGCAGCUAACUUUAAAUUGAAGUCUUGGUAAAAUGCAAGGCUGAUUUUAAAAUUAAGCUGAUCUAAGUUUGUUAAGACAACAACAAAGACUGUUAUAUUUCACAUUCCAAAUAUUAGGAUCUCACGUACACAAAUAAAUCCAAAAUGUUCCCAAAGACUGCUCAGAAAACUGCCUAUUUGAAUCAGGAAAGCAUGAGAUUUUAAAGUGAAAUGUUUUAAAACCUAUUUUUGAAAUACAUUGAAAUCUUUAUUGCAUUUCUGCCUCUUUUUUAUGCAUUUUGUAGAAUCUCCUUUUUCUUUUCUUAGCACAAAAGUUCCAACAAGGCAUGGGCUGGAAUUCUCUUCGUUUUAUCCACUAGCAAAGCAUUAGCACAAA